CCCGCCGCGCAGACCUAGGUUUAGAGAUUAGAAGGGGCCGGGUGGGUCUUGUCAGCUAUUCAGAGCGUACUUGCUCCGAGUCUCGACGAGAAGAUUGGUGGAAAGAACCUCGUUUUGCGCGUUUCUGUUAAGUGCCACAGCUCGUGCCUCAGUCCGUGGUAGUUUACCCUCCCGGCUGUCCCUGCUUCAUGGGCCUGUCGAGAGUUCUGAGCGACCCUAGGAACUCUGGGCUCUCGACACAACAGCGGCCACUGUCGCUCCCGGGCCGCUCCUCACUUCGCUCCACCCCUCGCUUCGGCCCGCUCACAUCGCCGUGAAGCGAGCGGAGCCGAGUAGCCGGGCGGAGUGCAGCCGAACCGUACUGAGUAAGAGGAGUCAAGUCCAGUCAAGCAGAACCCGGUGGGCCGAGCCACACCGAAGAGCACGGAGCUCAGGCGGCCGCCACCAUGAAGCGGGACCGGCUCGGCCGCUUCCUGUCGCCUGGGACGGCUCGGCAGCGCGGGAGUUCGGGCGGCAGCUGUGGAAGCGGUCGGACUCGGGGCCGCCCUUCUCGCACUGGCGGAGCGAGCGCUGGCGGGGCGGCGGCGCAACUCAGCUGGGGCUCGCCGCGCUCUUGCGCGGACACAGGCGAGGACGGUACAGACGAGGCAGGAACAGGCCGAACUUUUGCCAUGGGGCACUGUCGCCUCUGCCAUGGGAAGUUUUCCUCACGGAGUCUCCGCAGUAUCUCUGACAGAGUGCCUGGGGAGACCUCAGAGAGACUGUCCCCAGGGGAGCGUGUCUUCAUUAGGGACUUUCAGCGUCUGCUGGGUGUUGCUGUGCACCAGGACCCAGCCCUGCCUCCGUUUGUCUGCAAGAACUGCUACACCCAAUUCUAUCAGUGCCACAGCCUCCUCAGGUCCUUCUUACAGAGAGUCAAUGUCUCCCCAGCUGGCCAGCGGAAGCCUUGUACAAAGGUUGGUGUUCAGCCUCCCACAGUGGCCGAGGAGGGAACAUGUAUGGCUGAUCUGAUCACCUCGAGCCCUCGGUGUCUGCACAGCUUGGUGGGCUGGGUACAUGAACAUGCAGCCAGCUGUGGGUCUCUGCCCAGCCUUCAGAGGACACUGUCCUCUGAUUACUGUGGCAUCAUCCAGGCUGUGUGGGGCUGCGACCAGGGCCAUGACUUCACCAUGGACACAGACUCCAGCUGCAGAGCUCUCUUUUUGGACAAUGCAUUAGCAGUGAAAUGGGCAUGGGGCAAGGAGAUAUCACCACGGCUGGCCCAGAGCUCAGAGUUAAAUCCCACUGGAGCUGCCUCUCAGCUCUGCCAGACCAGAGAAACCCAAGUUGGAUCUGAGACCAAGACACUACCCAGUGUGGAUGUGGCCCUGUUGUACUCACAUGGAGACUCUGUGGGACCUGGGAUAGGCCCCUAUACUCAGCCAAACUUGGCUCCCAGUGAGGCCCCAGGGCCACUGGGUGAGAAGCAGGCUCCACCUCCAGCCCCGGAUGACCGGGUAAAAGACGAGUUCAGUGACCUUUCUGAGGGAGACUUCCUGAGUGAAGAUGAGCAUGAGAAGAAGCAAAACCCGCAGUCCUCAGAUGAGUCCUUUGAGCCCUGCCCAGAAAAGAAGUAAGAGUAUAGCCCUGAGUAAGCAUAUGACGCCUAGAGUGAUGUUGUGCAGGUUAGCCUGGGUGCACAUGGGAGUCAUGAGUGUUUAAAAGUGGGAUAGGGAGGCUCAUACUGGUCUCAGUCCUUUACUUUGGCGCCAUCUCCCAAUGCCAGUGAACAUGG